AAUGACACUCACUAGAUUACCGGUUCACUACACAGUCCACACGUUCGUUUUUUCGUAUAUAAGUAUAUAGUUUAGCAGCAGUACAAUAUUGAUAACAACAUCGUUAUCUCAGCUCACUCCCUCUCACUGUAAUAUUAUUUUAAUGUAUACAUUUUAAUACAUAAUAGGUACAUCGACUACAGUUGUUGUAUACCAAUACCUUUAUUGGAAGCUCGAUAGCCGAUUUUGUCGACGAGCGGUCAGCAGAACCACCGUGAUUUAAUACCGUAACUCGUAAGUACCAAUAUACACACAUUAUCAUAACACGAUUGGUGUAGGUAACUAUUUACAUUGAAGAUUAAAUUUGUCAACUUAACAUUAUGGCAACGAAAUGGGGAAUACUAAGUGCUUCCAAAAUCUCUCACGAUUUUGUUCUAGCUUUAGAAAAAUUGUCUGCUGAAGAUCAUAAAGUAGUGGCCGUUGCUGCAAAAGACAUAUCUAGGGCCAAAGAUUUCGCGGAUGAUUUUGGUAUCCCUACUUAUUAUGGUUCUUAUGAAGAGCUUGGCAAUGAUUCCAAUGUCGACGUUGUUUACAUCGGUGCCCUUAACCAUCAACACUAUUCAUUGACCAAACUAAUGCUCGAAAGUUGUAAGCCCGUGUUAUGUGAAAAACCGUUUUGUAUUAACGCCAAACAACUUGAUGAAUUGAUAAAACUAUCAAAAGCUAAAAAGUUAUUUCUAAUGGAAGCUAUGUGGAGUCGUUUUACACCAGCCUAUCAAAAAGUAGUCGAAGUAUUGCAAAACGGAACUAUCGGUACAGUCUUACACGUGCAGGCCAACUUUGGAAGACAAAUGUCGAACAUCGAAAGAAUUUGGAAAAAGGAAGUGGGAGGAGGCUCAAUACUUGAUAUUGGUGUUUAUACACUGCAUUUAGUUGAUACAAUACUUGGACCCGGCAAACCCGUAUUCAUAGAAAGUAAAGGAACAUUAAAUAGUCACGGCACAGAUGAAAAUAUGUCUGCUAUUCUCGAGUACCCCGAAGGGAAAAUUGCCGUCAUCUCGAUACACACAAAAGUGGAAAUGGACUGUUCAGCUUACAUACAUGGCACUAAGGGCACAAUCAAGAUUCAUGAACCAUUUCACGCUUCAAAUAAAGUAACAGUGAACACAACCAAUAAUCAUACCUCAAGUUAUACAUUUGUACAACCAGAUACAAGAAAACCCACAAUAUUUCCUAAUAGUGUUCAGUUACGUUACGAAAUAGAUCAUGUCAGACAUUGUUUAAAAAAAGGUUUUAUUGAAUCGCCAGUUGUUACUCUAAAUAACAGUUAUACUGUGCAAGAAAUAAUGGAUCGAUUGAGAAAUCAAAUUGGUGUACACUUUGAAGAUUAUGAUACUUCAUCGUGAAUUGUUAAAAAAAAUAUUAAUAUAUUAUAAUAUUGUGUACACAAUUAACAAUAAAUAAGCAACAGUAUAAAAUGAA